UGUCUUCCUCCCCAAGUCGUCCAAAGCUAUAUAAACAUACGCCCGUUCCUCCUGUAUCGCUCAUCAUAUUACAUUCAAAGAAAAAUUCGGGGCGAGAAAGAUACACAUUCAUUUCAUAUAUGGGAGGAGGAACCGAAGCUUUCCCAGAUUUGGGUCAACACUGCCAGCACCCAGAUUGCCAUCAACUCGAUUUUCUCCCUUUUAAAUGCGACGGUUGUCGAAAGGUGUUUUGUUUAGAUCAUAGAUCGUACAAGAAGCACGAGUGUCCGAAAUCCGACCACAACAGCAGAAAGGUUGUCGUUUGCGAGAAUUGCUCGAUGUCGAUUGAGACAACCGGGCGGGAUGGAGAGGACGAGAAGGUGAUGUUGGAGAGGCACGAGAAGUCAGGGAGUUGCGACCCCAAGAAGAAGAACAAACCGACGUGCCCCGUAAGGCGUUGCAAAGAGAUAUUGACGUUUUCGAAUACAAAUACGUGCAAGAUUUGCCAGGUGAAGGUGUGCUUGAAGCAUCGUUUCCCGGUCGACCAUGCGUGCAAGCAGGCAAGGGCGUCUAGCGGGCCGUGGAAUGGGAAAUUCUUGGCGGCUUUGGCUUCGAGGAACGCCGGGGAUUGUGCCAGGACCGGACGUGGCUCCCCGUCUUCUUCAUCGAGUACCCCUUCAUCCGUUAAAGCAUAUUGAGAGAAUUUAGUUUUCAAAAUGCAUACUUUGUAUCCCACAAUUCAUUUUCGCACGAUGUUGGAAACUCGUUGUGCCACAUUUGUAAUCUCAUUGUAUCACGCACUCUCUCUCUUUUUAAAAUUAUUAAAACAGGACGUGUUUGACUUUGUGCU